AUUAGGUCUGCUAUAACAGAGUGUGUAUUACAGUAUCAUGAUGAAAUUUUGUUGUUUGAUUGUAAUCAUCCUUUACACAAUUCAUGUUUCUACUGGCGGAAGACUCACUGGAAAUUGUCUCGCUUCAAAUGGGACAUGUGGACAGAAAGGUCGUACUUGUGAAUCUGCGUUUGGUAAAGGAUGGAUCAAAGACGGAAGAUGUUGCAAUGGAGGACCAUGUUGUAAAUUACCAUGUGUUCCCACUGCCAAUUGUCCUGAAGGAUAUGUUCUGUUAGAUAACCAAACCGCUAGUCGUAAUUGCUACGCUCACUCUAAACCGGAUCACCUUGAAGAACCAUGGACAAUUGCUUUGUCGAUAUGUACCAUGACACCAGGAGCUUAUUUAUGGAGACCAAAUAGUCUAGCAGAAGCUUCGGCUGCUUUUACACAGUUUAGAUGCGCGAAUGAAAUAUGGACUGGUGGAUAUAGUCCUGGCCAAGACGGAAACUUUGUAUUUGCUGUAGACAAUGGUGUUUUUAACUAUUCGAAUGUUCCCUUUGGAAUCACUGGAACUUUUACCAACGAAAGCUGUAUUGCUCUUGGACCGAUUUUAAAUUGGGAAGAUUAUCGGUGCACGAGCAGACUUCAAUAUAUUUGCGAAUUUCCAAUGAAAACCUGUCCAUAAAAGUGUAUGUGGUGAACGUAAUAUAACAACCAGAGAGUUUUUGGAAUCGUCGUGUAAUAAGAUAAUAAAAUAGAAGAAAACCUGGCCAUAAAAUGAAUGUGGUCAUCGUAUUAUUACAACCAUAG